AUGUGUGCAAUCUAUUGCCAAUUAUAUCUUAUUACAAGCUUGAUAAGUGUCUUGUCGGCGAUAACAAUUUAUUUACCUGAUGAAGUAGCAUCAUUUACUCGAUGUCCAGAGCAUGGCACAACGAAUGUUCCAACAAUAAGCUAUCAUCCAGAUGAAAAAUUCUGUAAUGUUUACCAUCAAUGCAACUGUACUUUAACGCAAUGCCAAGUGGUUGAAUCACACGUUUGCCCAAUCGCCAAAGUUUAUUCGAAGACGAAAGCGACUUGUUUAGAUAUCGAAGAGGAAGGUUGUGACUCGACCUAUGUUCAAUGGGUCCAAACGCAUAGCAGCAACGCUGACAAUGACAAUCGUCAAGUUGCUAUUAUGGUUUCUGAUUCUCUGCUUCCAUCAACAUCAACCAAAGAUUUCGAAUGUGAACAAGGUCAACCAGGCAAAUUCAGUGAUCCGAACAUUUGUAAUAUAUUUCAUGUGUGCAUCACUCGAAACGAGAAGACAGUCGAUCAACCAUUCAUGUGUCCAUACCCAACGGUAUUCAAAAGUGGAUCAUCAGGCAAAAUGUUCUGUGCUCGACCAGAACCGAACGAUUGCCGUGGUAAAGCUUUCUAUCGCACGAUGGAAGAUGCAUCAAACUUAGCUAGAAAUAUCGACACUGACAAUGAUGAUGUAACAAGUUAUCGUUUACCCGCGAAUACACUCAUGAUCGAACGAUGUACUCAACCAGGUCUCUAUCCUGACAGUCUCUAUUGCAAUGCAUAUCAUCAGUGUACAAACAAUGGUGAGGAUCAACAAUAUUUGUGUGAAAACCAAUUACUUUUUAAUCCCGAAUCGAAUAUUUGUGAUUAUCCAAUCAAUGUUGUUUGUGGAGGUAAAGGUUUACUUCGUCGGCCAGCUGGUUUUUCAAAUGGUACUCUUGUCAACUCUUCCUAUAUCAUGGUUUAUGGAAGUGAACUUCGUCCUGAUUGUCCAUCGGAUGUUUCAAAUGUCCUGGUUCCUGACAUGAACUACUGUAAUGUUUUCUAUCAUUGUCAAGCAGGUCGUGGUUCGGUCUAUAUGUGCCGUGAAGGGACAGUAUUUGAUUCGACUAACCAAGAAGGUGUUAGUUCAUGUCGUCUAGAAGAAUUGAUUGACUGCGGCAAUCGAUUAAUUUUAACUUCUCAAGGCAAACGUCCAUCUACAUACAUCAAGAAAGAGAAAACAUUCACCAAUUUGAAUUUAUUCGGUCUGGAUACAAAUCAACCGCGAGACAAGAACAUGUUCUUAAAUAAAAAUCUUCAUCCAAGAUAUUCCAAUUUUAUUCUAUUACCACCACCAAUGCAAAAUCAAAAGGUUGUUGUCAACGUUCCGUUCGAUUGUAAGGGACGUAUCGAUGGUCACUGGCGUGACACACGUUAUUGUGAUGUGUUCCAUGCUUGUAUUGCUGGUGAACAAAAACGUUCCUAUGGUUGUAAUCAAAUCGGCGAGCGAUUUUAUUUCGAUGAUGCAUCGCAGAAAUGUGAAUUUGCUAGUAGAAAUCUAAAUGGAUGCCAAUCAAAUCAAUAUUAUACAGCAAUUGAACCUAUUCCAGCUGUACCAGGAGCACAAUUAGCCACAGAAGCACCAACAGAACCAUGGAAAAUAUUCAUUCAAUCUCGUGAACAAUUCAGUUGUACAGGAAAACAAGAUGGUUUUUAUGCUAGUCGCUGGUGUAAUGUCUUCUAUCGAUGUUAUACAGGUAUUGCUAGUGCUUUUCUUUGUCCAAAAAUGCCAAGUGGUGCUCGAUUGUGGUGGGUCCAACACGGUUCACCACAAGGCGUUGCUCAAGAAACAGCUCAAUGUACAUGGCCAUGUGAAACUGGCAGACGAUGCUCAAGCUCUGGUGGAAUCAUUGUUGAUUCAGGUUCAACAGUUAGUGAAAAUCAACAAGAAGCCGAAAGUGUUUUCUCACAAUCACUUUGCACAUCUUCGUCUUCCUCCUCAUCGUCAGGUAGUUACAAUCCAGGACAAGGUGCAGGUGUAGCAGGCACUGGAAGUAAUGGACAACAAUCAAUCUCACCCAGCGGACCUGGAACCACAAGUGGUCAAGCAGGAAAUGUUGAUGGAUCAUUUUACGUGGAUUCUGAUGUCAGUUGUAUUAGUCAAGCUGAUGGCGUGUUUCUCGGUAGUCGCUAUUGCAAUGUAUUUCAUCGAUGCGUUAGCGGUACACGACGAGACUUCCGUUGUCCUCGUGCUACCAAUACCCCGUAUGACCUUUGGUGGAAUCAACAAACUCAACAAUGCGAUUGGCCAUGUCGAAUUCCAUGUUCGGGCACUGUUUUUGGUACGGCAACAACAGCUCAACAAGUACGCACUGAAAAUGCUCUCCUAUUCAGCAAUGAAUGUGCUGGCUACCAAUCCGCUGUCAAUACAAAUAUUAAUACUGGUAUCUUUAAUAGUCAAGCAAUGGUUUACUCAUCUUUACCACAGGAACCUGAACCAGCACGUAGCGCCAUGUCGAAGUUGAUUGAAAAUCCAGAUCCAAAUUUCAUCUGUACACAACCAGGUAAAUUCCCCACUCGACGUUAUUGCAACGUUUAUUAUGAAUGUUCGGAUGCCGGCUUACCACCAACCCAAACAUUCGAAUGUAUCGAUAGCUUCUUCGAUCGUAGUCAAGGUUUAUGCAUGCCUAAAGAUCAGGUACCAUGCUUGGGUGGUAUUUAUCCUUACGAUUCAGUUCCUAUUGAUCGUAACCCAGAUUCAUUACAAUGUUCAACCAAUUCAGGCUUUCAGUUGCAUACGUCUAGACAAUUCUGUAACAUUUACUAUCUCUGUGACGGUACACAAACGACACCAACAACAUUCCGUUGUUUCGAUCGUCAAACUCAACAAGAAGGUAUUUACGAUCCAUUCGCUGAACGAUGUGACUCACGACGCAAUUCCAAUUGUCAAAAUUCUAUCUUAAAUUUGAGUCAAACACAAUUAUAUCGCUCAAUAUCAAUUGAUCACACACGUCUACCCGAUCUGUCUACGUUGCCAUGUAAAUAUGAUCAACAAUAUGUCAUCGAACAUGAACAAUACUGCAAUUUGUAUCAUGUUUGCAAACAAGGUGAUUACCAUCUGUACGCUUGCAUCUCAAAUGGCGAAGAUAAUCAACCAACAUCUUAUUUCUAUCAACCAAACGGUCAAUGUGCUGCACCAUUAUCAACAUUGUGCCCCAAAACAAAAAGUGUUUUUAGUUAUGGACGAUUAUUAGCUACUGCCAAUAGUGAAAUUUUUCAACCAUUUAUUAUGCCAGGACAACAACAACAACAACAUAAUUACGGCUCGAUGCCAAUUCAAGAACGUGUAGAACCAAUUCCAAAAUGCCGUUCAAACGAUAACUAUAUCAUUUCACAUGAACGUUAUUGUAAUUUAUUCUAUGGUUGUAAAGAAGGCGAACUUAUCCUUUAUGCCUGUGUUGAUCGUUCAACAAAUGUCUAUGGUGGCAUCUUUCAACGAUCGACUGGCAAUUGUGUAGCACCAGAAGGCAACUCGAAAGAAUGCCCAAACAAUGAAUUCUACCGUCCAACAGUAGCGGCAACGACACGAAUGUAUCCCAACGUAGCAUUUCGUUCGUAUACAAUGCUCGAAACAUCGAACGAAACUUCAGCAAGUCUACAUGAGAGAAAGUUUAAUGAAACAAACGAAAUCAAAACAACAUUUUCUUGUGUGAAUCGUGUGGAUGGUUACUACGAAUCAGAAUGGUGUAACAUUUUCUAUCGUUGUGUUGCUGGCAAGCGUAUUAACGAGCGUUGUCCAUCCGCUGCUAGUCAACCGUUGGCAAACUAUGAUCUCUGGUGGAGACAUCAAAGUCCAAUUUACAAUGCCAGCAAUCCACAAUAUUUCGGCGGUUUAGAUUAUUUGGUACGAUGUGAAUGGCCAUGUAAAGUCGAGUGCAAGAAAACAAUUUGGAUCUCAUCGGACAAAACUAAUGGUGUCGCUGAUCAAGUUCUCAAACAAGAUCAAGAACUUCGACCUGGCUGUUCAUUGGUUGUGAAUCGAAAAAUUGAACAAACGGUUUCACCACCACAAAAAAUGGUCAUGUAUUCUGAUAUACCGAAUCCAACAAAUUUCACUUGUCCAUUGAAUUUACAAGGCGUUAAGACACGUUUCGCUGAUCCCAAAUACUGCAAUGUGUUCCACGAAUGUAUUAAUUCCAAAUUAAUUUUGUCAUACCUCUGUAUUGAAUCACAAUUUGAUUCAAAAGAAAAAGAUUGUGUGCCAUUUCCAGCAAUGAAUACUUGUCCGGAAGAACGUCGAUAUUCAUACUCACGUUCACGUUUCGCUGCUCAUACAACACCAUCAGCAUACUUCGAAGCUGUUGAAGUCCGAAGUGUCAAUCCAAGCGGUUACGAAUGCAUUACAGAUGGUAUCCAUACUGAUCCAAUGUUCUGCAAUCUCUUUCAUGCUUGUUCGGGCCGUACACGACGAACAUUCCAAUGCCGCCAAACAGGUACAGAUGGUAUUAAUGAAGGUGUCUCGACAUUUGAUUUGAAUACGAAGAGUUGCACAAGAUUUUCCACCUACUCAUGUCCAACAUUACUCUAUAAUCAAGAAUUUGUUAUCUUACCUGUAAUGUUUAUACCACCAACAGUAUCACCAUGCGGUAACGAAGGUUUCUUUCCUGUCUCCGAUGUAACAGCACAAUAUUGUAACAUGUUUGCAUGGUGCUCUAAGGGACACGGUGAACCAAAAGUAUUUGAAUGCGUUCCAUCAGUCCCAGGCGCACAUCCAGGCGCAUUCGACAUAUCACGACGAUCGUGCACGUCACGUGUGACAUGUCCACGAGCGCGACAUUCAUCGCCAUACAAUACAAGCGCACUUGCAAUGACAUUACGACCAAAGAUCAUCAGUAUCGGCAAACGAAAACAAUUCUCAUUGACAAGUACGAUGCUUGAGAAUGGCUACAUUGCCUUGGGUGUUGAUUUUCAAACAUCAUUCACAUGUCCACUGGGCACAACAGGAUUCUAUGCUAAUCCAAAUUAUUGCGAUGUUUUCCAUUACUGUUAUGAAACGGGUGAAUUGGCAUCUUUUAUUUGUGCAUCAAUGCCUAAUCGGUAUCAACUCUGGUGGAGUCAUCAGAACGAACCAGGUCGACCAGACAAUGUUUUCUGCGAUUGGCCAUGCAAUUUACAAGGUGCUUACGCAUGUCCUGCACAUAAAUCAAAUCUUAUGCGUGAUCGACAGCCCGUUGGUAACGUUGCGCAACAAGAAGUUAUUGAAGCUACGUGCUCAUCAGCUCAAGUGCCAACAGUCGGAGUGAUUGUCAGCGGCAUAACACCAGAUCCUGUCGGUAUUUUGACACCAACAUUCUUUCCUGCGCCAUCACAAAAUGUAAACAAUAUUCCGCCAUCACCACAACCAUCAAUCCCUUCAUCGGUUCUCGGUUAUCAACCAUGUGCUCCGUCCAAUGAGUGGUAUGUUAGCUCACCAACUAUUCGAUGUAGUACAUCCUUUGCGGCAACGGGCUUUGCACCGGAUCCAAAAGAUUGCUCAAAAUACUAUGCAUGUGAUGCAUAUGUCGGUCCCGAUGGCAUGUCAUCAGGCAUGUUGAUGCAAUGCUUGGCUGGAUUAUGGUGGGAUCAACAAAGACGUACAUGUGUACUUCCAUCAGAAGUAGCUUGUAAUCCAUACAAUAUUAUUAAUUCUCAAGGGCAAAAUUUAUUUGUGGACAAUAAUCCAACUGUUAUAUAUCAACCACUACCACCAGUAGUACCUUUUCCAUCUGUAGAUACAACACCCGUUGUAGUCUAUCCACCACAACAACCACCACAACCACCUGCGCAAGUUGUCCCAGCUGGCUCAACUGGACCACCAUGUCGCGGUGGACCGUUAUGUAUUGACGUUGGUCUUAACAUCCUUCAACAAAUGAAAGGCAUUCCCGGUCGACCAGGCUGGUUCUAUAAAUGCGACAGUCAAUGUGCACUUGAAAUGCGUUGUCCGCCAGGUCUAGUCUUUGACGAUGUAUAUCAACGUUGUGAAUGGCCGGGUGCUGGUUCUCAAAGCGUAAAUCAACGUUUAGGUAGUUUACGAGAUAAAAAACCCGAUGACACGAAAAGUACAACUAAAUCCAAAGUUAAAAAGUUACGUGUCAUGUCGACAACCUCAGCAUCAACAACAACAGCAACAACAUCAAAACAAAUGAAUGUUACCGCAACAACAGUAUCAUCAAAAAAUCAAACUGCAAAACUUGUCGAACCAUAG